UUUUGGAAAACAUCGUCUGACACAGAAACCACAACAAGGUGAGUAAAUCAGCACAACUUUGAGAAAAAGUUUGAACCUCUCUUCCCCUUAUGGAAUUAGAACAAUAAUGGAAUAUCUCAAUACAUGAACCUUGUCUUCUAGGAUGGCCUCUGCUAACACUUCCUGGUCUGAAGAGAACUUUUCCUGUCCCAUCUGUCUGGAUGUGUUCAGCAGCCCAGUUUCCACACCGUGUGGACACAACUUCUGCAGAACCUGCAUUAAUAAAUUCUGGGAUGAACAAGUCCAGUGCAAAUGUCCUAUUUGUAACAAGAUUUUCGACACUAGACCUGAUCCACAGGUCAAUAUCCUUGUAUCAGAGAUGGCUGAUCAGUUUAGAACGACCGUACGAGUAAAGGAGCAGCCUUGUGUUGAAACAGGAGAAGUUCCCUGUGACGUCUGCACUGGGACCCAGAUGAAGGCUGUGAAGUCCUGCCUAGUGUGUCUUAUCUCUUACUGCCAAACCCACCUGGAGCCACAUCAGAGAGUCGCAGGCCUGAAGAAACAUCGGCUGGUCGAGCCUAUGGACCGUCUGGAAGACAGGAUGUGUAAGAAACACUAUCAACUUCUGGAGCUCUUCUGCCAGACUGAACAGGAGUGUGUGUGUCAGUACUGCACAGAGACGGACCACAAGUCCCAUCCUGUUGUACCUCUGAAGGAGGAAUAUGAAGUGAAGACGGCCCUGCUGGGGAAGAUAGAGGCUGAAGUUCAGCAGAUGAUCCAGGAGAGAAAACUAAAGAUUAAGGAGAUAAAAGACAAGGUUGAAUUUAGCAAGAAAGACGCAGACGGAGUGAUAGCCGAUGGUGGGCAGGUCUUCACUGCUUUGAUGCGUCGCGUUGAAAAGUGCAGAGAUGAUUUCAACCAAACAGUUAAAGAGAGACUGAAAACCACAGAGAAACAAGCUGAAGACCUCAUCAAAGAGCUGGAGCAGGAAAUAGAAGAUCUGACCAAUAGAAGCUCAGAGGUGAAGCCACUCUCACACACUAAAGACCACCUCCACUUCCUCCAGGCCUUCAGAACCCUGAAGGAUCCUCCACCCACCAGGGACUGGACCACGGUGGAGGUCCGUCCUCCGUCAUACGCAGGGACCUUGAGGAGAUCCCUGGAUCAGCUGGAGGAGACACUGAACAUGGAGAUGAAGAAGCUGUGUGCUGAUGCUGAACUGAAGAGGGUCCAGCAGUAUGAAGUGGAUGUGACUCUGGAUCCUGAUACAGCUCAUCCCCAGCUCAUCCUGUCUGAGGAUGGGAAACAAGUACAUAAUGGAGGUGUAAAGAAGAAACUCCCAGACAACCCUAAGAGAUUUACAAUGUAUACAUUUGUUCUCACGAGGCAGAGCUUCUCCUCAGGGAGAUUUUACUUUGAGGUCCAGGUUAAAGACAAGACUGCAUGGUGGUUAGGAGUGGCCAGAGAGUCCAUCGACAGAAGAGGUUGGACAGGGUUAAACCCGGAGACGGGUUACUGGACUCUGGACUACUACAAUGAUAAGUUGGUAUUUAGAGACAACCCUUCUGUCCGUCUCCCUCUGAGAGCUGAGAAGGUGGGGGUGUUUGUUGAUUAUGAUGAAGGUCUGGUCUCCUUCUAUGAUGUGGAAGCCAGGGUUCAUAUCUACUCUGCUACUGGCUGCACCUUCACUGAGCCUCUCUAUCCAUUCUUCCAUCCAGGUCCACAUCAAAAAGUUACAAACUCUGCCCCCCUGAUCAUCUCACCUGUCAAUCAAACAGUUAAGAGUCUGGGUGUCAUCCUCGACAGCACACUAUCAUUCCAAGCACACAUCAAUAACAUCACCAGGUCUGCCUACUACCAUCUACGCAACAUCAACCGCCUCCGCCCAUCCCUCACACCCCAUAGCACAGCCAUCCUUGUUCACACCCUGGUCACUUCCCGCAUCGAUUACUGUAACUCCCUCCUCUUCGGUCUCCCCCUCAAGUCCAUCUGCAAACUCCAACUGGUCCAGAACUCUGCCGCCCGCAUCAUCACCAGAACCCCCUCCAUUAAUCACAUCACCCCUGUUCUUCAGCAGCUUCACUGGCUCCCGGUCAAAACCCGCAUCCACUUCAAGAUUCUGCUCCUCACCUUCAAGACAGCAGAAUUUAGCAAGAAAGACGCAGACGGAGUGAUAGCCGAUGGUGGGCAGGUCUUCACUGCUUUGAUGCGUCGCGUUGAAAAGUGCAGAGAUGAUUUCAACCAAACAGUUAAAGAGAGACUGAAAACCACAGAGAAACAAGCUGAAGACCUCAUCAAAGAGCUGGAGCAGGAAAUAGAAGAUCUGACCAAUAGAAGCUCAGAGGUGAAGGAGCUCUCACACACUGAAGACCACCUCCACUUCUUCCAGGCCUUCAGAUCCCUGAAGGACCCUCCACCCACCAGGGACUGGACCACGGUGGAGGUCCGUCCUCCGUCAUACGUAGGGACCUUGAGGAGAUCCCUGGAUCAGCUGGGGAAGACACUGAACAUGGAGAUGAAGAAGCUGCGUGAUGCUGAACUGAAGAGGGUCCAGCAGUAUGAAGUGGAUGUGACUCUGGAUCCUGAUACAGCUAAUGUCUGGCUCAUCCUGUCUGAGGAUGGGAAACAAGUACAUCAUGGAGGUGUGUGGAAGAGUCUCCCAGACAACCCUAAGAGAUUUAGCUUGUUUACACUUGUUGUUCUCACGAGGCAGAGCUUCUCCUCAGGGAGAUUUUACUUUGAGAUCCAGGUUAAAGACAAGACUGAAUGGCGUUUAGGAGUGGCCAGAGAGUCCAUUGACAGAAGCGGUGGGACCAGGUGGACCCCUGAGACGGGUUACUGGACUCUUCUCUACAACAACUAUGGGUUGGUAUUUAAUGAUGACCCUGCUGUCCGUCUCCCUCUGAGAGCUGGGCUCCAGAAGGUGGGGGUGUUUGUUGAUUAUGAUGAGGGUCUGGUCUCCUUCUAUGAUGUGGAAGCCAGGGUUCAUAUCUACUCUGCUACUGGCUGCAACUUCAGUGAGCCUCUCUAUCCAAUCUUCCAUCCAGGUUCAUGUCAAAAAGGUACAAACUCUGCCCCCCUGAUCAUCUCACCUGUCAAUCAAACAGACUAGGACUUUUGUUUGAUAAUAAAAUAAACAGACAACCAAAAUAACUAAUGUUUCCUGAAUGGGAAUCUCUACCAUGGGAGAUCUGAGAGAACUGCAUUCAUAUCGUACUAUUCACUGUUAAUUAACAACAAAUUGUAACAAAAUGCAACUUACACUGUGUACUAUAAAAAAAUAUGAAUCAA